UUCCUGUGUGGAAUCCCGGGAAUACAGAGGACGGGGACAUCUCUCUGGUGGGUUCCUGUAGCAGGAUACCAUAGUGUGGCUCCAUCAGAUCCUUGUGUCCUUUUAGAAGCUCUCCUCCUCCAUCCCCCCUCCUCAUCCUCCUCCUCUUUUUACUCUUCUUUAACCUCAACUUUAUCAUCUCUCAGGUUUCCACUCUGAAUAUAUAAUGCUGUGUAUAAAUCACAACUACCAAUAAUUGUCAUCAUCUACCUGAUGAUGGUGAGGGAUGGUGUGACCUUCCUGUGUGGAAUCCCGGGAAUACAGAGGACGGGGACAUCUCUCUGGUGGGUUCCCAUGACUGGAUCCAUC